UCACCACCAAGAAUCUUUCAACACCUUUUCAGAUAGCAUAGCAGUCCCCAGGGAGAAGUAGCCUUAUUGGAAUUUAGUGCAAAAUUAUUUCAUCUAUAUCCCGGUAUCAAUUAUCAAGUAACAAUCAUUAAUGGGACAAGAUCAACGAGAUGAACAAAGCUUUUUCUUACAAAAAUGUGAAGAAGCAUAUCACUUAGUGACUCAGUAUUUAAAUGAUGAACUUCCUUGGGGGGUUGUGCCGCAAAGACGUAAUGGAUAUAAAUAUAAUGCAGAUUUACGAAAUCAAGUUAAAAGUAAAAUUCUUCAAACAAUGGAUGUUUUGGGUACUGCAAUUGAUAGACAUGGUUUGGAAGAAAUAGCUAUAUCCUAUAAUGGUGGUAAGGAUUGUCUAGUAAUGUUGGUUAUUCUACUAGCAACAAUCCACUCUAAAUUUUCAUCGAACGCAUUUACAAACCCUUCGAUAAAUUUACUUCCCCAUGAUUAUAGAUUAGACUCAAUCUACAUUAAUUCUGAAUUGCCUUUUAAAGAGUUAUCAAAUUUUAUAGAAAAAUCAACUCAUGAUUAUCAUCUAAAUCCAAUCAUUAUAAAAAUGGAUUUAAAAGAUGGAUUUGAAUACUAUUUGAAUAAAAUUAAUCCCAAAGUUAAAUCAAUCAUUGUUGGCGUACGAUACUAUGAUCCUUACGGCUCUAAAUUAUCUUAUGAACAAAUGACUGACCAUAAUUGGCCAUCUUUCCUAAGAAUUCACCCAAUUCUUCAUUGGAAUUAUGUGGAUAUCUGGGAUUUUUUGGUUGGUUGUAAUCUAGAUUAUUGCUCAGUUUAUGAUCUAGGGUAUACCAGUUUGGGUGGAGUUGAAAACACUCAACCGAAUCCUUACUUAAAACAACCCGAUAAUACCUAUUUACCAGCAUAUAUGUUGGAUGAGAACGCCGACGAACGAGAACGAUUAGGUAGAGCUUAAUAAGACAU